ACCAAACCUCCACCCGGGAUGGACUGAAGCAAGGCCCGCUGCAGAGAGGAAACAGCAACAUGGAGAAACCCCCGCUGACCUCUGAGGAGUUGCUUUCUCAUGGAACGUAAAACAUUUUUUCUCAGUGCAUCAGAGACACAGGCGGGCAGACAGGAAGAGGACGUUAUGGACUGACUGAGCACAUGUGAAGGGAUGAGUCACGUAUGAGUGAUAGAUGAUGUAACAGCGUCUGGGACGCUCCUCUUUCACACCAUGGAGAUGAUUGCUGCAGCAGAGAGGGAAAAAGGGCUUUUUUAGAAGCUUGUGACCUUUAUAUAUUUAUUUUGCCAAUGACAAAACAAGUUGCAAUCGCAGGCGGCGGAGAGGCAAUGACCUAAUUCAGAUUAAAUGACCUCAUACCGAUAAGUAGUCCGCCUCCUCGCCGGGUGAUGGAACAUAAUCACAAAUGGACUCUUAUCAUAGAUGCUGGAGAGUCUGAGGUUACUUGAUAUUCUCAGUGUGGAUGUGUGUGUAGGUGUGUGUGUAGUGAGGCUUGAUGCUACAUACAGCUAUGUUGCGGCGUGGACUUCUAACCUGGGUCUCCCGUGUUGGGGGCGCACUGGUGCUCCUCUGCUGCUCCCUGUCACUGCUCUACGUGAUGACCUGCAGCCCCCCACACUCCGAUGACCCGCCACUGAGUCAUGCGUUACCCCGCGCUGGUUCAAAUCACCCCAGCCUGGGGGGCACAGGACCGGGAGUGGGAGCCGGGGCCGGUGGGACAGGAGGAGCCGGAGUGGGGCCUGCUCAAAGCAUAGGAUCAGCGAGUGUCCAGUCGUACCAGGUGCUCCUCCAAGAGCGUGAGGAGCAGCACCGACACCACAUCUCCUCCUUGAAGAAAGAGAUUGCACAGCUGAAGGAGGCUUUGCAGGAGCGCAGCCAGCAGCUGAAAGGAGUGCAGGAGAGCCUGAAGAGAGGAGGCCCAGCAGAGGGACCGGAAACUGGGGUGGGCUCCCAGGGAGGCGGCCUCGGAGAGACUCAAGGUGCCAAGAGCCAGCAGGCCGAUCUCCAGGACUUCCUGAGGAGCCAGCUCUCAAAGGCCGAGGUGACCGCCGGCAUCAGGCUGCCCAGCGAGUAUGCGGUGGUGCCAUUUGAGAGUUUCACGCUGCAGAGGGUGUACCAGCUGGAGAUGGGCCUGACGCGUCACCCCGAGGAGAAGCCGGUGAGGAAGGACAAGAGGGAGGAGCUGGGGGACGUGCUGGAGACGGCCCUGCACAGCCUCAACGCACCCCCAUCCCAGGAUGGAAGGGGCGCAGCAGAGAAGACGCAAAGUAGCAAAGUUUACGCACCGUCCGACUUCAUAGAAGGUAUCACUCGCACAGAGAGGGACAAAGGGACGCUGUACGAGCUGACCUUCAGAGGGGAGUUGAGUAAUGAAUUCAGACGCUUGGUCCUGUUCCGUCCUUUUGGACCGCUGAUGAAAGUGAAAAACGAGAGGGUGGACACAUCAAACGUCCCCAUCAACAUUGUCGUCCCGCUGUCCCGGCGCACAGACAAGUUCAAACAGUUCAUGCAAAACUUCAGGGAAGUGUGUGUGCGGCAGGACGGCCGAGUCCAUCUGACGGUGGUGUAUUUUGGAAAGGAGCAGAUGAGCGAAGUCCGCAGCACUCUGGAGAACGCGUCCAGGGAGGUGAACUUUAAGAACUUCACUCUGCUGCAGCUGGACGAGGAGUUUUCUCGGGGUCGAGGUCUGGACGUUGGGGCCCGGGCCUGGAAGGGAGGCAACGUGCUGCUCUUCUUCUGCGACGUGGACAUCUACUUCACCGCCGACUUCCUCAACAGCUGCCGACUCAACACACAACCCGGUAAAAAGGUUUUCUACCCAGUGUUAUUCAGCCAGUACAACCCCACUCUGAUCUAUGGAAGCCCUGAACACAUCCCAACUGUGGAGCAGCAGCUGGUGAUCAAGAAGGACACGGGGUUCUGGAGGGAUUUUGGCUUUGGCAUGACCUGCCAGUACCGCUCCGACUUCAUUAACAUAGGAGGCUUUGACAUCGACAUCAAAGGCUGGGGAGGCGAGGACGUCCACCUCUACAGGAAGUACCUCCACAGCAACCUCCUGGUGGUGCGGGCGCCGUCACGGGGCCUGUUCCACCUGUGGCACGAGAAGCAGUGUGCCGACGAGCUCCCGCCGGACCAGUACCGCAUGUGCAUGCAGUCCAAGGCCAUGAACGAGGCCUCGCACGGCCAGCUGGGGAUGCUGUUCUUCAGGCAGGAGAUCGAGGCGCACCUCCGCAAACAGAAGCAGCAGCAGAACUCCAGCCCCAAGAAGACAUGAAGACUCACAAGUGGCGGAGUUCGAAUCACUGCAAUGACGGGAAUCGGUUCGAAGUGAGGAGACCAAACCAGCUGAUAUGCACGACGUACGAUUUUAAAGGAGUAGUUCAACUGUUUUCAAGGGAUUAUGCUUAUUUGCGUUCUUUUCAAAGAUUUCACUCUCAUCUGUGUACACAAAAUAUGGAGCUGGAGCCAGCAGGUGACUAGCUUAGCUUAGCAUAAAGACUGGAAAAUGUCUUACGAUGAAAUAACCAGCGUAUCAAGGACGAUUUCAAGUAAAAGUAUCUAAAGCACAUUUCAUGAAGACGUUUCACCAGGUUUCUUCAGUUCCAACUGACUGAUGGGAAUCCCACCUAGUAGGGUUGUUAGGAAUCGUUGAGGUUACCUGAGAGGCUGGAUCCAUCCUGCUGAGGGUUUUGUUGGGAGUUGACUGCGGGUCGUUGAGAGUCGUUGACCCACCCGCCCCCUGUGAGCCAUGUGUCCUAAGGUGUGAAUUGUGGUGAAACUUCCUGGGGAUGGAAGUCAAGACUGUGUUGUAUGUGGCUACUGUACUACCACAGUAGGUAGUGUCUUAAACCUCCUCCUCUGUUCAGAGAAAGUUUUUUCUAUUUUGACGCUGAUGGCUUCCUUCACUCCUCUUUCAAUCUUCCCUGGACAAAAUGUGGACAUUGUUGUCUUCAAAUGAAUGUCCCUAGUCCAACUAGACUGCCGAGUCCUGACCUAAGGAGCUGGCUCUCCUGUGCUGUGCCAUGCGUUUGUCAAGUGGCUUUUAGUUUCCCCAGUGUACAGGUCUGUGCAUUCCUCACUACAUUCAACUGCAUGUACUACAUUGCUCUGCUCAUGUCUGGUUGUUUUGUCUUUGGACCAGUUUCUGCCUCAGAGUGUUGGUUGGCUUAAAAUGUUCUGGGAUGUGGUGUUUGUUGAAAAUCCUCCUUCAGAUACUCCAGCAACAUAAGGGAUGACAACGUGGUGAUAUUAUAUAAAUAAAAUGGGCCCCUCUGUUAUACAGUUAUAUAAUAUAUCAUAUAUAUACAUUAUUUC